AAGAGAAUCUUCAGAACGCGGACGACGUGCCGCGGCGGAGCGACAACUGCCAACGCUCAGCGCCUGCGACGCCAGUCCCGGGGGCACGUGCCUCGACUUCAAUCUGGGAAUUCUUUAAGUGAAACGUAUUUAAAAUCUUAGACCAUACCCGGAAGAGAGCCCAGUCAACAAUAAGGUGGAAGAGAAUGAUGUUGUCCUUAAACAAUCUACAGAAUGUCAUCUAUAACCCGGUAAUCCCCUAUGUUGGGACCAUUUCUGAGCAAUUGGAGCCGGGAACUUUGAUUGUACUACGUGGGCAUGUUCCUAGUGACUCGGACAGGUUCCAGGUGGACCUGCAGUGUGGCAGCAGCGUGAAACCCCGAGCGGAUGUGGCCUUCCAUUUCAAUCCACGCUUCAAAAGGGCCAACUGCAUUGUCUGCAACACUCUGAGAAAUGAGAAGUGGGGCAGGGAGGAGAUCACCUACGACAUGCCUUUCAAGAAAGAGAAGUCGUUCGAGAUUGUGAUCAUGGUGCUGAAGGAGAAGUUCCAGGUGGCUGUCAAUGGAAAGCACACCCUGCUGUAUGCCUACAGGAUCAGCCCAGAGAGGAUCGACACGCUGGGCGUUUACGGCAGAGUCACCAUUCACUCUGUGGGCUUCAGCUUCAGCUCGGAUUUAGGAAGUACCCAAGGAUCUACUCUGGAACAGACAGGGAUAAGUAAAGAAAAUGUACUAAAGUCUGGCGGGUCACAGCUUACUCUGCCGUUCGUAGCAAGGUUGAACUCCUCCAUGGGCCCUGGACGGACUGUCGUCAUAAAAGGAGAAGUAAAUACAAACGCCAAAGGCUUUACUGUUGAUCUGCUAUCAGGAAAAUCCAAGGAUAUUGCUCUCCACUUGAACCCACGCCUGAAUAUGAAAGCAUUUGUAAGAAAUUCUUUUCUUCGGGAGGCCUGGGGAGAAGAAGAGAGAAAUAUUACCUGUUUCCCUUUUAGUCCUGGGAUGUACUUUGAGAUGAUAAUUUACUGUGACGUGAGAGAAUUCAAAGUCGCGGUAAACGGUGUCCACAGCCUGGAGUACAAGCACAGAUUUAAGGAGCUGAGUAAAAUCGACACGCUGGAGAUCGACGGUGACAUCCACUUGCUGGAAGUGCGGAGCUGGUAGCUGACACAGGGGCUGCCAACGCUGAACUACAGCAUGACCUCUGUAACACUGGCCUUGGUAAAACACAUCUAUCACGACA